AUGUGGCGCCCCAGAUUGCCCGCUCUCCGCAACUGGCUCGCCCCCGGCACCGAAAAACAGACACACCGGCCCGGACAAUGGACCCUGCCGCCCGAAUCCGACCCAGAGCUAUACUGGGCCAGCAACAAACCACACAGCCUUGCGGACCAACCAUGGUACAAGGACAACAACCCAUACCUCAGACUACCACGCAAAUACCUAGCGAGGUGGGUAGGAGAACGAACGGGCCACUGGGACUUUCACUCCUAUCACGAGCGUUUCAACCACCCCCCCGAGGCGUUCCGGUACUGCACAUGCGGAGCACCCCGCAAGAAAGGACAAUUUUUCGUAUGGCCACUGGUCACCUACCGCAACCCGAACGCGGCAGAAGACACGCCGAAGGCCUUCGGCACAAGCUACGCAACAUUUCUCACAAGGAUUCAAGCCCUCAAGGACGAGGGAUACACACACAUCCAGGUAUUACGAGGAGGAGGCUACCAGGGGAUAAGGGUGGCGAGAGCGGAAACCCCCAUCCCGGACGACGAGCCACUGCCAUUCGCAGAGGCGCUUGGUCUCCCGGGGUCAGGAGGCCUGGAAUAA